AUGCCUAGCGUCAACGUUGCGACGCCAUCGUCGGUCCAAGGUAGAAAAACUGUUGUGUUCGCAACUCAGACAGACGGUGGCCAAUUGAUAACGGCAGUACCAAGCCCAACAGUCGAUAGCACUAGUCAAUUUUCUAUUGCUUCCGUCACGGUUGACAGCAGCCUUGCCCAAAAGGGUGACCUGAUCUUCGCAAUGCCACCCGGGGCCGUUGUUGCGCUAAGCCAGUUCGUGCAGACGUACGGCCGGUGCACUGUAACAAGGAAGCGAAGCUGCGACCCAUACGAGACUGCAGGAUACGUAGCUGGGCAGGCCGUACGACAGGUGAAGCCUGGAGGUGUCACGAAAGACCUGAUCACCAUGCCUACUGACAUCUCAUUCGGGGAUCUCAUUCAGCCGCUGGCGGCGCCGCUUCCGCAGGUGGUACUGUUCGGCAGGCAGGUCACCGCGUUGGCUGCGAACUCUGCCCUUCUCAACAUUGUGGCCGCCUUCCUUCUUCUAGCUGCCUACGCUGAGCUUACGACCACAGCACCCGAUCCUACCCGGUCGAUCAUCCCCGCCAGCGACUUCUCGACGUCUCAAAGGCCUCAACAAACAGGAUCAGAAUGUCCGCAGCACGUACCCAACUGCAGCAACUGUGGCGGAAACAGCAACAUCCAAUCAGACCCCUUACACACCAACGGGAACUGUGUCGGUAUCAAAACGACUAAGUAUAACAGCUUUGCUGCAGGCUGUGUCUGUGUGGACCCGAACGACCCGCCGGGGUUCCAGCCAUAUGAGAGCAGCGAAGCCAUCAGCGAAGCGCAAGCCUUCCUGGUCGCCAUGGCUGCCGACGGAACAGGAGACGCCAUUUCCACGAGUGGCUCUACCACGAUUCCUGCAUCAAGCUCCCCUUCCGCGACCCCGGCUAAAGCCUGCAACAACGGCGUAUCGUAUGGUGAACCAGAACCGUGCGAGGCGAAUUGUUCUGCCGGGACUUGCACGCGUGUUCUGGCGAAGGUCGGGAGAUGUAAAGGGUGCACACCUCCCCCCACAACUUACUACAAAUAUCCCUCAUCCCGCUCCAUCGAUCGAUCAAUCGCCGCCAUCAACAAGGCUCAUAUCCAACAACCAGACAUCGAAGCACGAGUCUCUAACGCAGUCAACGACCUUGCUCCAAGCUACCCUCCAAAGCCCAUAUAA